UGCAAUUGCAGUUUGCGGUCACACUACAGCUCAUUCUUUGAAUCUUAUUCCUCGCCACGCCACGGACGGCCACUACCUCGGACGCAAUAGUAGACACAAAAAAAAGACAAUAUGUUCUCGUCUUUUUUUCAAGCCGCUAAAAAUUCGCCAUUCAAAACGCCAUUCAGCCAAGCCCAGUGCGAUGAGGGCAAAGCUGUCGGCCAGUUGUCGGCUUAUCCUGCGGUAGGACAGUCUGGCCCCGUUGUUGGACGUGAGAUCGCGGCCGCAGCAGCAGCGUCAACGGAUUCUUGUGAGUUUGGCAGCAACAAAUAUUUUGCGCUGUGUGGUAUUGGUGGCAUUUUGAGUUGUGGUACCACUCACACAUUUGUGGUGCCAUUGGAUUUGGUCAAGUGUCGCUUGCAGGUGGACCCAGCCAAGUAUAAGAAUCUAGUUCAUGGCUUCAAGGUCACGGUAGCUGAGGAAGGUGCUGUUGGUCUGGCCAAGGGCUGGUUCCCAACUUUGAUUGGAUACUCGUUGCAGGGUCUCUGCAAGUUCGGUUUCUAUGAGGUGUUCAAAAUUAAGUACGCCGAUAUCCUUGGCGAGGAGAAUGCAUAUUUGUAUCGCACCUACAUCUAUCUUGCCGCAUCGGCAUCUGCUGAGGUAUUCGCUGAUAUUGCGCUGGCUCCGUUCGAGGCGGCCAAGGUUAAGAUUCAGACAGUUCCCGGCUUUGCUAACACAUUCCGUGAAGCAGUACCAAAGAUGUUGUCGGAAGAGGGCAUCGGAGCUUUCUACAAGGGUUUGGUGCCAUUGUGGAUGCGUCAGAUCCCAUACACCAUGAUGAAGUUUGCGUGCUUCGAGCGUACUGUGGAGCUUCUCUAUAAAUAUGUGGUGCCCAAGCCACGUACAGAGUGCUCUAAGGGUGAACAAUUGAUAGUUACCUUUGCCGCUGGUUAUAUUGCUGGCGUGUUCUGCGCUGUUGUGUCGCAUCCAGCUGAUGUGGUCGUUUCCAAGCUGAACCAGAGCAAGGGUGCCAGCGCCGGAAGCGUUGUCAAGUCGCUGGGCUUCAUGGGCAUGUGGAAUGGAUUGACACCACGUAUCAUUAUGAUUGGUACACUCACUGCCUUGCAAUGGUUCAUUUAUGACGGCGUCAAAGUAGCUUUGGGUAUUCCCCGCCCACCACCACCAGAGAUGCCCGCCAGCCUGAAGGCCAAGGAGAAGAACAAGUAAAUGGCUCAUAAUUACCGAAAACAAUGAAAGCAAAAACUAAAUCUUUGAAUUAAGGUUAAUUCAAAUUCAAGAUCAACCCAAUAGUAUAAAACGGGACGG